UGAGAUGGAUGCAGGAGAUGUUGAAGAACACCAUAUCUUGGAUAAGAAGAAGCUAGAGGAGAUUACAAACAAAAUUUCAGACCUUGACAAGUGGAGAGCAAUAUUUAGUUCUCAUGGGUUAGAAGUCGGAAAAGCUGUAGUCGAGAAAAAUCAGGACAACAACAAUGCAGAUGGAGAUAGAGAAGAGAGGACAGAGACUUCAAGCAGUAAACCGCAAAAAAUAUUUCAAUCAAAUGCUCUCUAUUCUGUCCCACGAGAGCUGAUCAUUGCCUCAGACCAUGGUGGGCAUCCUAUCUCUUUAGCUGUGGCGAUGGAGCUGAGGAGGAUGCUGUUUGGAAAUACAUUUCAUACAUUCAACUAUGAGUGGAAAAAAUCCUUCUUCAAAUUCAGGGAUCCAUUUUCAGACUUGGCUUAUUCUCUUGAAGCAGAAAAGGGUGGAACAAGAGCUAUUCAGAUGGCUGUUCAGGCACACAUCAUUAAGUGUCUGCUGUUCACAAAAAAUGAAGACGAACACAGUACUCUUCAGAGUUUAUAUGACAUAAGCCCCAAGCAACAAGAAAAAGCACUGGCUGCAGCUCUGACAGAUAUCCUGUGGAUGGCAGGAGACGGGAAGAAAGCCACAAUCUGUCUCAUCACCAAUGAUUCCUAUUUUACAGAGAGCACAGAAUACAAAACCGACAGCUUUACUGAGCGGCUUCAGCUUUUUGAAUUCGCAGAGAAAGGAAAAGUUGAGAAGUUCCUUGGUGUCCAUAUACAUUGUUUCAGAGACGAGGGGAGCCACGGUAUAAUAUUAUUUCUGUACAGCUUGCUUUUGUCCCGGACCUUUGAGAGACUGAAGCAAGACUUGGAUUUUACAACAACCCACCUACUACAUUUUAGUCUUGGCAACUACACCGUGAGACAGGCUGUUUUAAAUAUGAUCUUAACAGGACGAGCAAGCCCACAUGUUUUUAAUGGGGAUCAAAGCGCGGAUGAACAGAAUUUGCAGGAGAAGCAUGGCGUCCUUACACGUAGUGAUGUGGGCUACCUGCACUGGAGCAGGGAGGAGAUGGAGCAAGACAGACUUCCUAAGGUUGGAAGCAUGCUGAAAACACCCAAGUUUCCCAUUUGGUUGUGUUACAUAAAUGGAACAUAUAGUGUACUCUUUGCCACAAAGAUGUCUCUCUUAUGUGACUGGAAAAUGGAACAUAUCUUUGAGCUGUAUUUCUAUAGCGGCCAGGCUUCCCAGACUAAAACAGUCCAUCUGACAGUUGAUACGCACUCACACCAUUGGGAAGGGCGAUACAAGUCUGAAGAAGGUGACCCCGAAAAGAGGUUCCCUUCAUUGGAGAUGACAGUAAGAACCAAAUGGGAAGGAGCAGCCAUUGCCUGGAACGGCACCAUCCCAUUCUUCUAA